AGUUUAACAGAAAUCUUAUUUCAAGGAUAUUGACGACUAUACUCAAGAUUCUGCUUCUGAUUGAUAUAAGAAGAGUUUGACUGUAGAGUGAGGUAUAUUUCAAGGCGUCCUAAGGACUUUACUCUACCAUCAACGGCUGUGAUCAUCCGUGAGCUUGGACAACAUUCGAACUACAGACAAGAAUUGAAGUCGAACUGUAAUUGCAGGUCUACCAAGGACAUUAUUGCUUUAUACACGAAAUUUUUAGAUUUUUAGGAAAAGCUACCAUCAAACGAAUCGAUAAGUAAUAGCAAACCAGGCAUUUCAAAAUUGAAGCAGUCCUGUGUGACAGUUUCGGGAAACAACCACUUUUCAGAGCCAAGCAAAUCAUCUCCUGGUUGGAUUCAAACCCUCAAUCAGCAAAGAUGAGGUCUCUAUUCUCACGGAAAACGUUUAUAUCUUUGGCGUUUCUGGUAGUCUUUAUUUUUCUUUACAAGAUCGGAGAUCAUCCAAAGGUUGUAAACACCAUGCAGCCUACGGCUUAUUACGAUAAGUACGAUGAGCCCGUUUGUUUACCGGAGCAGCAUAUAAGCAGGCACCCACCACCGGAAAAAGCAAAGGCAGCAUUAGUAGUGUUGAUAAGGAACAGUGAGCAAGAGCAGAUGGUUGGCACCAUAAAGAAUUUGGAACAAAAGUUCAACAAGAACUUCAAUUAUCCUUACGUGUUUUUGAACAAUGAUCCAUUCACGGAAGAAUUCAAAGCAGCCAUGAAAGCAGCAGCACCACAUGCGUCAAUGGAGUUUGGAGAAAUCCCUACACAGCACUGGAGCUACCCGUCAUGGGUCAAUCAAACUAAGGCUGCUGAAUGCCGUCAGAAUAUGGAUGCGGCAGGAAUUUACUAUGGAGGAAGUGAAAGCUAUCGUCAUAUGUGCCGAUACAACUCUGGCUUCUUCUUCAAGCAUCAUUUAUUGGAUGAUUAUGAUUGGUAUUGGCGUGUUGAACCGGGGGUUCGAUUCUUUUGCGAUAUCACCUACGAUCCAUUCUUGUACAUGCAGAAGCACAAGAAACAGUAUGGAUUUGUUAUCACUUUAUUAGAGUUGAAGGAUACAAUCCCUACGCUUUGGGAUACGGUGCUUGAUUACGCGAAAUCCAGAAAGAUUGACCUUGGUAUGAGCGCCAUUGCCGGAAAAUCAAAUUCGAAAUCCCUGUUUCCCUAUUUCCUUGAUGAAUCGAACCAAUACAACUUGUGCCACUUUUGGUCCAAUUUUGAGAUUGGGUCUCUCAAUUUGUGGAGAAGCUCUCAAUAUCAAGACUUCUUCUCAUACUUGGAUCAGACGGGCAAUUUCUUUUAUGAGCGAUGGGGUGACGCACCAGUUCAUUCACUGGCUGCCGGUCUAUUCUUGACCACAGAUCAAAUUCAUUAUUUUGAGGAUUUUGGCUAUCAGCAUGACAAAUACCGACAUUGUCCAUCCAAAGAAAGCGGGAAGGGUUGUCGAUGUGAGUGCCCAUCUGGCACCACUGAUCAAAGCAUCGACCAUGACAAGUACUGGGAUACAUGUCUUCCCAAAUGGAAAGAGUGGGAAAAGAUUUCCAACAAGCGGUGGAAGGGAUGGAAUUAGAUAGUUAUAUUGUAGAGAACUAGCGUCUUCAUACCUUCCUUUUUUUUUUUUCUCUCUUGGUCAUUGUUUCGAUUUACCUAAAAGGUUAAACGUUCAAUUUUACUGGUUAUGAAUAUGUAGACAGUAAUUUAUGACUGAUGAGUAAAGAAAACAU